AUGAAGAUUCAAACAAUGAUCAUAGUUAUUUUUUUUAUUACAAUUUUAUGUAUAGAAUUGGGUCAAGGUCUUAGAUGUUAUCAACAUGGAUAUUGUUUAAAUCAAUGUCCAACAUUAUCAUCAAGUAUAGUUCAAUGUAAAUCAAAUUUUAAUAAAUGUUGGAAAUUGACUUCACUAGCCGGUACAAUACGUGGCUGUGGUGAUGAUCGUUGUAAUGUACAAAUAAAUUUAGACAGUUUUAAUACUGCUAAUGUAUGUUGUUCAAAUGAUCUUUCUCUUCAAUGUUAUUCACAUGAUAUUUGUUCUAGCAAUUGUCCACAAUUGUCUAAUACAAUAAAAAAAUGUACUGGUGAUGAAAAUAAAUGUUAUAAAGCAGCAUUUCCAGGUGGUGUUAGUCGUGGUUGUGCUAAAGAACGAUGUAAUGUUCAAGUCAAUGCUAAUUCAAUAAUGGCUAAUGUAUGCUGUGAAAAUGAUUUAUGUAAUUCAGCAAUAAUACCAAAAAUGACACUCGGUGGAUUUCUUAUGAUUAUUGGCACCUUAUUUUUGAUUCAUAUAUAA